GGGCGCUCCGGCCGGGCUCCUCUCGGCUGCAGCGCACGGCCAUCCGGCAGUCCGCGGGGUGGGGACGCGGGGACAGUGGCCGUGGCUGCGUAUCGCCGGAGCCAAAGCGCGCAGGCCCGUCCCGGCGGUCGGGGGGCGGGCGGGGCGAGGACGCCAUGUGGUUUAUGUACGUGCUGAGUUGGCUAUCGCUCUUCAUCCAGGUGGCCUUCAUCACGCUGGCCGUCGCGGCCGGACUCUAUUACCUGGCAGAACUGAUAGAAGAAUACACAGUGGCUACCAGCAGGAUUAUAAAAUAUAUGAUCUGGUUCUCCACAGCUGUGCUGAUUGGCCUCUACAUUUUUGAGCACUUCCCCUCCUUCAUGAUUGGCGUGGGCCUCUUCACCAACCUCGUCUACUUUGGCCUCCUCCAGACCUUCCCUUUCAUCAUGCUGACCUCGCCUAACUUCAUCUUGUCAUGCGGUGAGAGGGGGCAGAGUUGGGGAGGCAGCUGAGGCAGGUUAGAUGUGCUCAGCUCAGUCUGCAGCACCGAAGGGAAUGUAGAGAAAAAAGACAAA